AGCAGAUGCAAUGACCCACGAGUCGGCUGCUCGCAAGUCGCAACUGUGAAUCCCAUUUGACCAUCCAUACAAUCCACCCCAAGAUUUAGGGGAAGAAAGAGAUACAAAGGUGAUAUAUACACGCACGACAAGGAUGUUGAGGGUUGCAGGCCGCCGUCUUUCUGCCCUUUCUCGAUCUCCGACCGCCGCCGCCGCCGUGUUCAGAAACCCUAUCAGCGCCGGCGCCGAUGAAUCUCAGCAAGUCAGAUCUAAUACUCACUUCUCCAGCUCCUCCUUCUCGAUGAUUCCCCAUCAAUUUCAUCUUCCCUCUCGAGGUUUUACUGCUGAUGUGGCCUUGCCAAAGGAUGUCAACAACCUAAUUCCUGAAGUUCCACCUACUGUGACAGCCCUGAAGAGCCCAACCUCAAAGAUUGAUUAUGAUAUUUCCAACCAUGAGCGAUUUCCUCCAGGAGACCCCAGCAAGAGGGCAGCUGCCUAUUUUGUCUUGACAGGUGGAAGGUUUGUCUACGCAUCUCUGAUUCGCCUUCUCGUCCUAAAGUUUGUUGUCAGCAUGUCUGCCAGUAAAGAUGUUCUUGCACUGGCCUCACUUGAGGUUGAUCUAACUAGCAUUGAACCUGGAACAACUGUUACUGUUAAGUGGCGUGGAAAGCCAGUCUUCAUAAGGCGACGAACUGAGGAUGAUAUUAAAUUGGCAAACAGUGUUGAUGUUGAAUCUCUGCGUGACCCACAGGAAGAUGCAGUCAGGGUUAAAAAUCCAGAAUGGCUUGUUGUCAUUGGUGUCUGCACUCAUCUUGGUUGCAUUCCAUUACCAAAUGCAGGUGAUUUUGGUGGGUGGUUCUGCCCUUGCCAUGGGUCUCAUUAUGAUAUCUCCGGCAGGAUUCGCAAGGGCCCUGCCCCAUACAAUCUGGAAGUACCCACUUACAGCUUUCUGGAGGAGAACAAGAUGCUAAUCGGUUAGAUAUUGGCGAAGAAUUUCUAAAAACCCAGUUGGGUUUAGAAGACUCGAAUAUAAUUUUUAUAUUAAAAAUUGUGUGGUACUUGAUGCAAAUUUGUUUGCUGUUCCUUCACACAUUUCUUUUUGGACCUGUUAAGUAAUAUGCUCAUGUAACUUCAUUGCUUAACUUUUGAUGCUAGAGGUAUCUUUGAAUACCGAAUAAGAUUGUGUUCAAGUUAUUGGUUA